CUUGGUCCUGGUGUUAGGGUGUUACGGGGUCCUGGUGUUAGGGUGUUACAGGGUCCUGGUGUUAGGGUGUUACAGGGUCCUGGUGUUAGAGUGUUACAGGGUCCUGGUGUUAGGGUGUUACAGGGUCCUGGUGUUAGAGUGUUACAGGGUCCUGGUGUUAGGGUGUUACAGGGUCCUGGUGUUAGAGUGUUACAGGGUCCUGGUGUUAAGAGUGUUACAGGGUCCUGGUGUUAA